CCCCACCUUGUCCCUGGCCCCGAGCCCCCAGCUUUCCCUGCGCCCCUCACGGCCCCUCUGGAUCUCCCUGCAGGCUCUCGGGCGGGAACACACUUCGCAGAGACUUUUCCCCGACAAACUUCCAGAACCUCUGGAAGACGGCCUGAAGGCCCCGGAGUGCGCCAGCGGCAUGUACAAAGACACCGUCUACUCCGCCUUCAAUCUGCUCAUGCACUACCCACCCCCUUCUGGAGCAGGGCAGCACCCCCAGCCGCAACCCCCACUGAACAAGGCCAGUCAGCCCACCCAUGGCGUCCCGCAACUCUCUCCUCUCUAUGAACAUUUCAGCAGCCCACACCCCACACCCGCACCGGCUGACAUGAACCAGAAACAAGUUCACAGGCCUCUGCAGACCCCUGACCUCUCUGGCUUCUACUCUCUGACCUCAGGCAGCAUGGGACAGCUCCCCCACACUGUGAGCUGGUUCACCCACCCAUCCCUGAUGCUAGGUUCUGGCGUACCUGGUCACCCUGCAGCCAUCCCCCACCCGGCCAUUGUGCCCCCCUCAGGGAAGCAGGAGCUGCAGCCCUAUGAUCGCAGCCUGAAGACACAGGCAGAAUCCAAGGCAGAGAAAGAGGCCAAGAAGCCAACCAUCAAGAAGCCACUCAACGCCUUUAUGCUGUACAUGAAGGAGAUGAGAGCCAAGGUCAUUGCAGAGUGUACACUCAAGGAGAGUGCUGCCAUCAACCAGAUUCUGGGCCGCAGGUGGCACGCGCUGUCCCGAGAAGAGCAAGCGAAGUAUUAUGAGCUGGCCCGCAAGGAGAGGCAGCUGCACAUGCAGCUGUACCCAGGCUGGUCGGCGCGGGACAACUACGGGAAGAAGAAGAGGCGGUCCAGGGAAAAGCACCAAGAAUCUAAUGCAGGAGGAAAAAGAAAUGCAUUCGGUACUUACCCGGAGAAGGCCGCUGCCCCAGCCCCGUUCCUUCCGAUGACAGUGCUCUAGGCUGCCCUGGGUCCCCAGCCCCCCAGGACUCACCCUCAUACCUCCUGCUGCCUCGCCUUCCCACAGCACUGCUUGCUAGCCCUGCAGAACCCAGGCGUACAUCACCAGGUCUCUCGGCUGCUCUCAGCCCCCCAGCCCCCUGGGCCCCCACUGGCCCCCCGCAGUGCCCUGCAGAAUACACAGGUACAGCAACAGGAAUCUCGGAGGCAGGCAGCCUAGCAUGCACAGGACACCUGGCCUCCAGGGGCCCACCCUCUGAGAAGCAGCGACAGAGCCCCAAACCACGUGGAAACCGGCCAGGGGCCCUAUUAACUCCCUCUCAUGGUCCAGGCUCUGGAGAUUUCAGAGGCUGCACAACUUCUGCCUGAGUCUGGGGCCAUCAACUCAAA